ACUAUUUAUGAGUAAACUUGUAAGGGUUUGUUUUUUCUUUUCUUUUUUAAGUUUUCCAAAAAAUAAAAUAAAAUAACCGUAGAAUGAUAAGUGAAGAAAAACAUAGUGGGUUUCAAAACUUUUUCCCCAAAAUGAAAUUCCAGCAUCUCGUCGAAGAAUGGAGGAAGAAACAGAAGCACAGGGACAAAAGUGAAUCGAAGAUAUGAUUAUGAAAGGUUCUCCGAAAAACGAAACCAUUUCCUCCAAAUCUCUUGUACCAACAAAACCCACUUCCUUCCCUCAUCUUUCCCACAAGACAACAUCUUCUCAUGUUGUUACCACUUGCUCUUUGCUUUGUGACCAUCUCUCUUGCACAAGUGACACUAACAUUGAUGCUGUUUUGAAUCGUUACAAGGGAGAGUUAAGUUCCAACCUUGUGCUUGGGGUUUUGAUGCGAUACAAGCACUUGGGUAGGGCUAAGACCUUGAAAUUCUUUUCAUGGGCAGGGACUCAGAUGGGUUUUCAGUUUGAUGAUUCUGUGGUUGAGUACAUGGCUGAUUUCUUGGGUAGGAGGAAGCUCUUUGAUGAUAUCAAGUGUUUGUUCAUGACAGUGUCAUCUCAAAAGGGUCGAGUUUCGUGUAAGGCAUUGUCUAUUUGUAUCAGGUUUUUGGGUAGGCAAGGGAGAAUCAAUGAAGCAUUGUCCUUGUUUGAGGAAAUGGAAACGUUAUUUGGGUGUAAGGCUGAUAAUCUUGUGUAUAAUAAUAUGCUUUAUGUGCUCUGCAAGAAGCAAUCAUCUUGUGAGAUGAUUGAGCUUGCACUUACAAUUUUUCACAAGAUGGAAUCACCUGAUACAUAUUCCUGUAGUAACAUGAUUGUUGGUCUUUGUAAACUUGGUAGAUUAGAGACAGCUCUUGAAAUUUUUGGCCAAAUGGACAAGAUUGGUGUGCUUCCCACUCGUUCUGCGCUCAACAUGCUUAUUGGGGAGUUGUGCUUGAUGAGUGCAAAAGAAGGGUAUGUUGAGAAGGUAAGAGUGAGGAAUACUCGUAGACCAUAUACUAUAUUAGUUCCUAAUAUGGGAGGAAAUAGGGGUGCAAUUCAGCCUGCAGUUGCAAUAUUUUGGGCAGUUUUUAAUUCCGGCUUAUUGCCUAGUACUUUUGUUGUAGUCAAGCUAUUGUUAGAGCUUUGUCGCAUAGGUGAUACAGAAGAAGCUGUUGCAGUGUUGAGGAUUGUUGAGGAAAGGAAGCUAACUUGCAUUGAAGAGGGAUACUCAGUUGUUAUGAAGGCAUUAUGCGAACACCGCCGAGUGGAUGAAGCUAGUAAUUUGUUUGGAAGAAUGUUAGCCCGUGGAUUAAAGCCGAAGUUGGUUGUUUACAAUUCUGUUAUAUCCAUGCUUUGUAAAUUGGGAAAUUUGAACCAUGCUACUGGGGUCUUUGAAAUAAUGAACAAGAAUAGAUGCCUUCCUGAUACUUUAACGUACACUGCCUUGAUCCAUGCUCAUGGUGAGGGUAAGAACUGGAGAGUUGCUUAUGACUUAUUAAUGGAAAUGUUGGGUUUGGCCUGGAUUCCACAUUUUCACACUUACAAUUUAGUAGACAGUCUUUUGAGAGAGCAUGAUCAGUUGGAUCUAUGCCUUAAAUUGGAAAGAAAAUUGGAGAACCAGAAGUUGCAGAAGCUGUGUAAGCGGGGUGAACUAGAUGCUGCUUAUGAGAAAACAAAAUCAAUGCUUGAAAAGGGUAUUCAUUUAUCCGCUUAUGCUAGAGACGCAUUUCAAAAUGUGUUUCAGAAGUGUGGCAAGUUAAAAAUAGCACAUCAGUUACUGGAAAAGACUCAAAGAGUUCAGGAGCCUGAGGAGAUUAAAAGAAAUUAACUAGUUAUGAACAAAAAUAUAUAUCCAUUUGUUAUUGGAA